CCCCAAAUCUGCCCCCCUCCCUCAGUGGGGAGUCUUACCUGGGGCUUCCCCUGGCAGCUCCUCCCCGCCGCCUAGCUCGCAUACCACUAGCCCACUCUCUUUCGGGCCCUGCAUACAAAAAGCACAUACUCUUUUUUCCCCCCUCAAAAUCGCAGAAAUGUCGUAAAUAGUUUAGCUCUGGAAAGGGCUUAUUUCAGCACGUGCCGCCUUGCUGACACGGCCCUGGCCCUUUCCCUCGCGUCUGGCUGGCUUUGGAGCGGGACAGACUCUUUAAAUACCGCUGUAGAUGGCAGCAGGAAUAGACGAUUCCUAAAACAUUCAUCACGGCCCCCAAGUGCCUCAUUUAAAAAUUUAGCAUAAUUUACUACUACCUUUCCAAUCAGUGCCACUAAAAAGGAAUUUCCCGUAUCAGCCUUUUCUGGUUUCCUCCCUGAAGUCAUCAGUUCACAAAAUGACAGAUUCCACUCUUCCUGUUUGGGGAUUUUUUUUCAAACUGAGCUGUCUUUGUGUUGUCUCACUUUCUUAGCGAGGUUACUCUCUGGUGCAGUGAUAAACUGAGGCCCAGAAGGUUGGUUAGUACAAGCUGUACCUGCCUGGAGUUGGGAGGAUUGCCUCUGCCUCGGCUGUCAUCCUGGCAAGAUCUGCAUACACUGUAUAGUCCUGUUUGAAAAAACCUUCAAUUCCACAAGAAGCCAUCCUUAAAGAGGUUUGCAGUACAACCAAGAACAAUACACUUUUCAUCUUUCUGGAGGAGAAGUGAUAAGUAACUCAAGAAAAUGCCUCUUGUGAUUUUUUUAUUAAUGUUUAUCAUUGGAUCUGCCACUGAGAAACUGUGUCCCCUUCGUGCCUCCAUUGAUAUACUAGAAGGGGAAUACUUUUUCCUUUGCUUUCCUGAGUCAAUGCAAGAACAUUUUCAGAAAGCAGAAUACACAGUAAACUGGAACAAAGAAGAUGCUGGAAAGCAGAAGUUGAUAAAAGAAACACACAGAAUUGUUUCACAAAUGAAUUUUCUGGAGUUUUGGCCAGUAGAACUCAGUGACUCUGGGAAUUACUCUGUCACUCGCAGUGAUGGAAAACAAAAUUUCACAAUUCAGAAGUGGACCUUGAAUGUACUUGAAAGAAAUAAAAGUAGCUGUUUCAACGAAAAUCACUUAACUACAGAAAUUAAAAAUGCUGGAAGUGGUCAUUCACUGAAAUGCAGUGAUCUCUCUGUCAAUGAAAAUGACAGUAUAACGUGGUACAAGGACUGUAAGAACUAUCAAAAUAAAACAGAGCGGGAACUGGAUUUUAAAACUUUAACAAUUCAGCACUCUGGCAUAUACACCUGUAAAAUUUUGAUCACUCAUGAAGGAAGGAUAUUCCACAGCACGAGCACAAUUCAUCUGGUAGUAGAAGAAGAUGCACCAGAGGCUGUAACUUUGGAGAUAGUUGGACUUGAUGAAGAAGUUGAAACACAAAUAGGUAAAGAAGAGAUACUCAAUUGCACAGGUUUCUUGGGUUAUUAUAUGCCAGAAGAUGCCAGUCUUUACUGGUCAAUUAACCAGACAUUUCCAGAAAAAUGUUCAGGUAUCCCUGAGAAUGAGCCUUCAAUAUGUGAAGAAGAGUUCAAAAAAUCACGUAUUGGAAACAAGUUUUAUGUCACAAGGCUAUUACGGAUUAAAAAAGUAACAGAUGAGGACAUGCAUCUUAAUUUCACCUGCAUGUUGCAAGCUGAUGAAGGAAUGCGAGUAAAAAUAGUGAAACUGAAGAAAGGGAACAUCCAAGAUCUGCCUGUGCAUAUAUUUACAACUGGGAUGGUCCUUGCUGUAAUAUUUCUAUGCGUUGCUGUAGUCAUGGUGGUUGUCUGUGUGACAUUCAGAGUUGACUUAGUUCUAUUUUACAGGAACAUAUAUAGAAGAGAUGACACUGCUGGAGAUGGAAAAGAAUAUGAUGCUUUUGUGUCUUACCUGAAAGACUGUCUGUCUCCAAGUGAAGAAGAGAGAGAAUUUGCUCUGAAUAUAUUACCCAUGAUAUUAGAAGAAAAUUUUGGUUACAAGUUGUGUAUAUUUGAGAGGGAUGUAUCUCCUGGAGGAGCUGUUGUUGAUGAUAUCCAUUCAUUUAUUGACAAAAGCCGAAGAUUAAUCAUUAUACUGAGCCAGAACUACAUUUCUGACAGAGCCAUAUAUGAACUUGAGAGCGGACUUCAUAAAGCCCUAGUUGAAAGGAAAACUAAGAUCAUAUUAAUUGAAUAUAUGCCUAUAAGUGACUAUAAUUUCUUGCCAGAAUCACUAUCUCUUUUACCAUCACAAAGGGUUGUGAAGUGGAAAAAGGAUAAAUCUCUUCCUGUGAAUUCCAGAUUUUGGAAGAACCUUCGAUACCUGAUGCCAGCAAAACCUACCAAGUCAAACACCAAAGGGCAAUAUAAUAAUCUUGAUCUGGGCUCAGAAGGUGUUCAACCAUGGACUGGGGGCUGUGACUUUAAUUCAGUCUUAUAACAAUUAUGGAAAAGGAAGGUGCCGCAGAAAACUGCCCAUUUUACUGCAUUUAAAUAGAAAACACAAGCUGCACUUACUUUGGGAAGCUAAUGUUGAUAGAUGCCAACCCUGAGAUUUGAGAAAAGCAUGAAAAUUGUCACAGUGACUAGGAUGAUGUUAACCCCAAUGCUAACUGCCCUCCCAGAGACAGAUCCUUCAGCAGUUUGUGCAAGGAACAGAACUCUGAUUCUGCUUAGGACGUGAUGCUGAACACAGUGCAUAACCUUUUCGUUCCACAUUUUGUUUCUUGUAAAAUGACAUCACUUACACUUGCAUACUUUGUGAGGCCACUGAAUAAAUAUGUCAGUAUUUACAAAGUA